UAGAGUUGUAGUGGUUUUCCUUUUUCCUGUUGUAACAAGUAAAAAAAUGUUGAUAAAUAGCAAUUUUAUGAACAUUCCAUUUGAAAUGUUUGAAUGAAAUCUUUAACAAGAGUACCUAGGUACCAUGAAAUUGCUGAAAAAUGGACGUCCUGCCAAAAAUUUCUAUUCUAAUGUUAUUGUUGAGCCCCUUUCAUUUUGGUGUGUGUAAUGUAGAUAUUAGGGAUAUAUCAAGAAAUAUCAGCUCGGAGAUACAAAUAAUGAAAGAUGAAGAAAUGUGUAUUCCUUUUGUCGAGAAAUUGUUUAAAAAUUUUAAAAGUGCAACGAAUAAUCCAGAAUCCAAACAACUACAAGAUAUGGUGCACAAAUUGGAGAACAAAAUAAAUAUGAUUUUCUCAAGUAUGAAUAAUGCAUCUAAGUUAUUGGAAAAUCCAAAUGUUAAUAAAAUGGAUGCUUAUAUCUUGUUACCUUGCAUCAAAGAGAAAAAUGGUGUUCUGGAUAUACUAGUUAGCAGCAAUUUGAUUAACAAUAAUAGUAUUCCUAGUUUUUUGGGACCAAAACAUAUUAUUCACCAAAUGAGAAGAAAUAUAUCCCAGUUGUCAAAUGCCAUAAAACAGCAAUAUUUUAUAUCAGAAAAAGAUAUAAAACAUAAGCAAUAUUCACAAUUUUCUGAAUGUUUAGAUCAUGAUGAAGGCAUAAUAUGGAAAAAUUAUAUGUCGCAUCAGAAAUAUGUUCGGAAAAAUGUUGUUUUAGUAUUAGAUCAUGGAGGAUCUUUGAGCAAGACGCAACUACAGAUUGCUAAAUCCAUGGCAAAAGAAACACUGGCAUCCUUGAAUGAAAAUGAUAGAAUUGCUCUAAUAGCAGUAGCAUCUGACUGGUCAUACGCCGAUAGGGAAUGUGCAGAUGGAAAAAUAUUUGAACCAAUUUUAUCAUUGCAAGAGGCGAAGAGUACUUAUAUAUUGCAGCUGAAUACCUUUAUUGAUUCUCUUGUAAGAGGCAGUGGAGCUACAAAUCAUGCAAUUGGAAUGCAAAAGGCCUUAGAAGCAAUACUAACAACUUCUAGUCUUAAUGACGAUGAAAUUGUUAUGGUCAUGUAUAUAAGUAGAGGUUUACUGUCUUCUCUUGCUGAAGCAAGAAGUGUUUUGAAAGUGAUUGCCUUUCAGACUGAUUUUAUUAGUUCUCCAGUAUUUAUUCAUACAUGUGCUGUUAUUGAUGAAUCGAAACCAGUGAUGUACGAGACCCAAUUCCUACAAGACAUAGCUGACAUGAAUUUCACAAAAUACAAUAUUUUGUUUUCGCAAAAUCGUUUUAGAAAACCUGGCUACAUGCUGACUCUUAAUAAGACUGAUGAUAUAGGUUUUGUCAAAAACAAGUUUUUUAGUGUUUUUAAUAUUGAUAAUCUGUAUACAACUAAUGAAAAAAUAUCACUACCUUAUUGGGAUCCACAUAGUGGAGAUUUCACAAUAUCUUUAACGCUUGGUUUGAUGUCCCAACCCAACCAGACUUUUAUCAUGUUAGGAAGUGAUGUAUAUUUUUCUAAUAUUGUUGAGGACGUGACCUAUUAUAGCAGCAACCAACAGUAUUCCUAUGCAUUUCUAACCGACUUACAAGGCCGUGUAUUGGUCCAUCCUUCCAUAUUACGCCCGUCUGCUGUCAGUCAUCAACUAUCAUUUGUUGAUAUUGAAUUGAUCGAAGUAAUACCUGACAUUGAUUUACUAAGAAGAAAAUUGCUCUCUGAAGUCAAAGGAACUUUUGUUACAAAAACUAAUUUUAGCCAACAGAUGGAAUAUAAUUGGAUGAGAAUUAACAACUGGUAUGUUAUGGUCCUAGCAAUCAACAGAGAUUAUGGUACUUUUAAUAAUCGAUUCAAAGCACCGCCAAGUGCACCUGUGAGAAAACUAUUGUACCAAAAUUUGGAUGGGUUGGAAAAUCACAAAUUUUGCAGGCACCUCACACAAAUUGCUACUCUUGAUGUACCAUCACUAUAUUUAAGCAGAUCUUGUUUCCAAUCACCAUUUCAUGCUUCCAGAACAAGCCAAGGUGGUCUAGUCGACCAAGGUUACCUGGCCUACCUGAAAGAUGAUACUGGAUUGCUGAUUAAUCCGGGCUUGAAAAGUGAAGUAAAGAACGAAGCAUCUGCUUUGGGUCUUAUUUUAGAUUUUUUGAGAAACAAACAUUUAUCAUCUGAAAUGUCAAAAUAUAUUGUUAGGCGUUAUGCAUCAUCAUAUAGUGGAGUGCUACAAAUGUUUCCAGGUAGUGUAGUUACUAAUGGAUUAGAAAUAACAAAAAGACUUUGGUUCCUGCGUGCUUUACAACACAAAAAUAGAACAAUUUUUAUUCCCCCUUAUCUAGAUAAAGGUGGCGCUGGCUAUAUAGUCACCAUAGCCUACGCUACUCCGCAACUUGUCAUUGCUAUGGAUCUCACCUAUGGAUAUAUGUUGAAAAUGCUCUUGAAAUAUAUACCGUAUUGCCUAAAUGAGAAAAUUACAUGUUUUCUUAUAGAUGAUCAAGGGUAUAUAAUAUACCAUAAAAAUUUGACUGAUAUAAAUGCAGCCAGGCCAGUGGAGCAGCAGCAUAUAGUACAUAGAGAGUCCUUAGUUGCUAAUGAUAUUUUAAAUCACAAACAUUUCAUCAAGAAAAUGCUAUGCAAUGACUAUGCAGAUAAUACUAUACAAAGAUUUUACAGAUUAAACACAAGUUUUGCUGAUGAUUUGGUAAACCAUAUACCUGGAGAGCAUUGUGUUUCGUACCAUAUAACUUCGGUGCCUGGCACAAAUAUAUUUGUAGGUGUGGUUAAUGCAUCUUGUGAUGUAGUGCCAGCAUUUUGUCCUUGUAGCAUAGUAGACCGCCUCUGUUUAAAUUGCAAUAGGAUGGAACAAAAAGAGUGUGAAUGUCCCUGUGAAUGCCCUUUAGAAUCUGAAUCCAGUUAUUGCAAUGAUAGUAAUCAAAACUUGACAGAUAAUUUGCCAUGUAAAUGGAACGCUGAGGAGAGUUCAUCAGUGGAUGCAAGUUUUACCACUGCAUUGGAUACCAGCCUAGAACCGUGUUUCAAUAUCAACUGUCAAAAUGAACGCUUCAUUUCAGAUUGUCUUGGUGUUAUAGGUUGUGAAUGGUGUAGGUAUGAUACAAAUGGGAAUUCUUUGAGUAAACCAUUUUGUACUUCUAUUACAAGUUGUUUUAAUGGAGUUUAUGGCUUAAAUUCUCCUUAUAGAGAAGUGAACGAUAUAACUCCCACCAGUGAAUCAGAGUAUUCUCCAUUGGGUCCAAUAUUAGGUCUUAUAAUAGCAAUGUUUUUGCUCUUUAUUUUACUGUAUGUGUGCUAUCGUUCCUACACAAAUCCAUCAGUAGACAGACUUUAUUUGUCUUCUACCCGAGAUCAAUUACGAAUGAGUGACCUAAACGUAAAUGACACUUUCCAUGACUCAGGUAACCAUAGAGAUAAGCUUUUAAAAAAAGACUGUCCUGCGCCAUCUCCAUACUGUGUAGCAAGUAACUACAGAAGAAAUAACACUGCAGCUGAAUCUGAUCAUGGAUAUUCAACUAUGACUCCACAUGAUGAAUCGGAACAUUUAUCUUUGGCUCCCUUAGAAGCUGAUUCAUUAGAAGAUGAUAUUCUGUCAGAUAGUACUUCAAUACACACUAGUGUAUCGAUGAAAAAUAAUCCGUCACAUGUUGUUUCUCCUAUGUUCACAAAAAUACCCCACAGAAAUUGUGUGGUUGUACCUGUCACUGUACAUAGGAAUAUGGAAGCUUCCUAGAGUUUUGUAUCGGUUUCAGGAAAAUUUUGAAGAGUGGGGUUACUUGGAACAGUCUUUAGAAAUUAGGUUACAUUUAGAAACAAGCCAAAAUGUUUAUGUUAACAAAAAAUGAGCAAAAUGGACUGAAUUUCACUGGAUUAUAAAAAAAAUACAUAUUAAGUUAGUUGAGGUCCCAAGGCUGAGGUGCAUUCGCACAAUUUGCCCCAGUUCAAUAUCACUUAUUUUUUAAGCGUCCUUGAUAUUAAGGUCUCUCAACGGUGCAUUGAAUGCUAACUCCGAUCAAGGUUCCUUAAUUAUAAUCACCCCGUCCUGUAUUGAAAUUAAAACGUUACUACUCAAAAACUCAUAUGUAUCCAGUUUAUUUGCUAAAUCAGUAAAUUCUUGUUCUAUGGAGCUAUAUGCUUCAAACGAACUUAGUCUUUUUCAAUAAUUCUACCACUCCAGGCUGAUCAUCUCUUUUGUGCUGAUUAUUAAAAUUGUCUUUGUCAAUUCUUUUUUGGCAUUGUAACCUUCUUAUCGCAUAGGUACAUCGGCUGACAUGUUUUUUAACCUAUCUGACGUAAUUUCAACUCUUGAAUCUGGUAAAGUUCGAACCAUCUAAGAAGAAUACACACGCGUUAUCGUUUGUCAUAACUUCAAAUGGAAGGGCCGUAGAGAAAUGGAAAUUGGCCGGGUCCUACUAUACCAUAUUAUUCUGUCCCUUCACGUAAUUACCUCACUAUGUAGUCUUCCAGCGGUAACCUAACUUUGUAGACUUCUGGAAGGGUUUGUCCGUCCCAAGCAGAUGAACCAAAGAUCUAUGGUCUGUGUAAAUAAUAAAUUUCCGUCCAUGAAGCUAACUUCUAAAAGUGUUAAUCGCGAAUACUAAACAAUUCUUAUUCGUUAGAAUAUAUUUUUUCCGCAUUAUUUAAUCCUCGGCUUGCAUAAUCAACUGGUAUAUUGUCAUUAUUUGACAACGUAGCACCAAGUGCAGGAUUUGAUGGGCCAGGCUGAACAAUGAAUAUUUUUCAAAGAAAAACACCAAGUCUUCCUCCACAAAUAAAUUAUUUGACUUGGUGUUUUUUUUUGAAAAUUAAAUUUCAACUCCACUUUGAUUCAUGGACUACUUCUUCAAUUUGAACAAUAAAUGUAUUUUCCUGAGAAAAAUUUGGUAAUUGCAAAUCAGUAGGACUCACCAGGCCUUUUUAAAAUAAUUUAAAUGCGUCAAAUGCAUCUUGAAACUGCCGAGUCUACUGAAAUUUAAUUGCCUUUCUUGUUAAAUAGUUCAGAUGGGUAUGCAAGCUGAGAAAAUGUUUUUGUGUUUUCUGUAAUAGUUGGCUGUAACGUAACCACCCAACAUUUGACUGCAUUCGCAUUCUUAGAAACGGAAUAAUUUAGUAUUUGUUUUACCUGGGCGACACACCUUCGCAUGAAAGUAUAUACCUACCUUAAAUACAAUAUUCCUCGUUAUAUAAAGUCGCACUUCUGUUCAGCUUUAAAUUUACUUUUCUCAAUCUCUGUAAUGCCUUGAUUAAAUUUUGAUGUUCUACCUGGGCGACACACCUUCGCAUGUAAGUAUGUACCUGCCUGCCUUAAAUAGGUACCUACAAUAUUCCUCGUUUUAUCAAGUCGCACUUGUGUUCAGCUUUUAAUUUACUUCUUUCAAUCUCUGUAAUGCCUCAAUUAAAUUUUAAUUAUGAUUACCUAAAUUUCGCCAAACACAAGCAAAUCAUCUUAAUAUUUUAGAUCUGACAUUGCAAUAGAGAUUGCUCUGAGUUAGGGCUAAUUUUCGAGCCUAUCGGAAGUAUCAUCAUUUGAUAUUGACCUUUAUGCGUGAAAAACGCCGUGCAGAUUAGUCUGGUAGUAUCCUUGAGAAAGAUUUAAAUGUGAAAAGUCGACGACACCCGAAAGUGAAUCUAAAAUUUCAGCAAUGCAAGUUAAGGGAAACAUAUCGUCCUGAAUCUUAUCAUUUAGUGGCGUUAAUCUAUCAUGUUUCGCCAGUUUUUAUUACCCAAUUUAGUAGCCCAACCAAUAAUAGGGAAUCACGUCGAUUCAGCUUCUUCUAUAAUGGUAUCUUUGAACAUUUUUGAUUUGCGUGGGUAUUAAUUUUUUGCCUGCCUCGAAGCCUUCUAUCGCUAUAGCUAAAUACAUUGGAUGUUCUAUUAUUAUAUCUGCCAUGCAUGAGAAAAAAUGCCUUUAACUUCUGUUCUUGUAACUCUUCAUCUUUUGCUCCGCCGAUUGCAUCAUUGAGAGCUGCGUAAUUUCUUGAUCGAAAAGAGCGAAGAAUAAUUAAUUGCCAUAAAAAUCUCUGUAGCUUCAGUUUCUGCUUGAGAGAUUGUUGGCUAAGUCAACAUUUCUUCGAAUAAUUUCCCAUAUUCCUCAAGAGAUUUACCUCCUUGUUUAGCGCUAUUAAAUUUAACUGACAGCGAUGCAGCCGAUUUUUUUGAUAUCAAAUGCAAUUUCAAGUCAUGAAUUAGCGCUUGAUUUAAAUUGUAGUUAGGUUCUAACACAAUUUUUGCAUUUUCGGAUAAUCUUGACUUUAGGACGUAUAUGUGGUUAGUAGUUUUUUACCCGCGUUGUCUAGCAACAAAUCAUAUCAGAAAAUUGAAUCCAUCACGUCUGAUUUCUGAAUCAUCAUCAAAGGGAACAGACUUGAAACUGUUUUCAAAUCGAAUUUGUCUCUCAUUCUGAUUGAUUCUGCUGAAAAUUCAGAGCUUUCCGAAUCUGUGCCAGAGGAGGCAGAGUCGUCGUCCAAUUGGCCUGGUGCUAAUGUCCUCUAACCUAGCACUCAAACUUUCCCGAAUUCUUUAGAAAUAACUAUGUACUUAUCUCAUUUAUAUAGGUACUAUCACUAUCACACUCAACUGCUUCAUAUUAUGGAACUGAUUUGCAUCAAAAUCUUUCCCUAAUAGUUUCCACUUAGAUCUUGAAAUUGCUGAAUUUAUUUAACUUACAGCUAAUAAGAGUUCUCAUUUUUUCUUCUUCGUAUAUUAUCCUUGUUUACAUAGUUAUAAAAAAUCUUCACUUCUCCCCAUAGAUGCCUUAUAGCAUUUGGAUGGUACAUUUUCCCAUUUUAAGACGUUCUUCGAGCCAUAUUCAUAUUCCAUCAUACACCCAUAUCCAUAAACAUAAUAACCAUGACAAUGCUUCGGCUAACUUAUCUUCCUCUCCAGCGCCUUUUUGAGCUACUUGUACCCAAAUAAUAAAAUGAGAGCUAUAGGCAGUCCCAAAACGAUAUAGUGUCCCUAGUUACUCCUAGAUGCUUCUGUCGUGUGGUCUCCAUUAAUUCCUUCGUUCCCCAGAACUUUUUCGGCAGGUUCGCCAUGUGAUAUUUCACCUAAAAUUUUAAGCCUUUCCUUGAAAAUAAAACAACUUGGUGUCUUUUUGAGACGUUAUUUUUAUUUUUUUCUUUUUACCAACCUAUGUACAUAUUUAAUUUAUUGUAAUAAAACCUUAGUUACUUUAAUUUAUGAAAAUCUAUUUCCAAAUAAACAUACAGGAAAUAUACCGGAUGCUCCUAGUUUUGGUGUUUUAAUUUUUUUUUGUGUUUUUAAUAAUUUUAAUUUAUUUAUACAUAUGCUACACGGGAACACUUGGUUUUGCUCGGGCAUUCAGUUCAAAAAGUUGACGUCAAUAAUGGUCAGAGCAGAGGAAGAAAUGGCGGCGUCAGAAGACUCACAGUCCGAAACGAAAUCAUAAAUACAGAGCCUGCUGCUGUGGCUGUGGUUGUGGUCCUCGGGCUCUGGCACCCAAUGCGCCGGGUUGUCCCGGUUGGAUUGAUAAAGCUUCAGAUUUUGGGCCCUACCUCCCUAAGCACCCCGCAGUGGUGCUUUCUGACGUGAACAAGGUUGUCCUGGAGCUGGGGCCCCUUGCUACCAGGGAACACUUGGUUUCGCCCAUGAUCUGUUCACGCCGUGGUUCCAGACAGGAAGGCCGACAAGGUAGACAGAUCACGGGCGGAACCAAGUGUUCCCUCACAGCAAGGUGUUCCAGCUCCAGGGCAACCUUGCUCACCUCAGGAAGCACACUGAAAGGUACGUGGAGAGGUAGGCUAGGGAGGUCAAAAUCGGAAGCUUCGCCAAUCAAUCCAACCAAGGCCAUCUGGUGCAUUGAAUGCCAGGGAGCUCAAAGACCACAGCCAAAACAAUAGACAGGUUUGGCUUAAGGCGGAUGGCUGUUCCAUCAACGGCCUUCUUCGUUUUGCAAUUGACCGGCUUUGUAUUUAUAAUUUCAUUUCGAUUCGUCCGUCCUCUCAUACCGCCAUUUCUUCCUCUCGUCUGACCAUUAUCGGCGUCCCCGCCCUGUUGUGCUUGCAUUGUUUGGUUUGUCAUCUAUCCACCUUCUGGACCUCCAUGUCUGAAGCCACGGCCCACCGUAACUGAUGUAGGUUCAGCUAUUUCAACGAAAUCGCAGAAAAACAUCCGUAACAGUGGGCCGGGGUUUCAGACAGGGAGGCCCAGAAGGUGGACAGAUGACAAACCAAACAAUGCAAGCACAACAGGGCGGGGACGCUGAUAAUGGUCAGACAAGAGAAAGAAAUGGCGGCGUGAGAGGACGGACGAAUCAAAAUGAAAUUAUAAAUACAAAGCCGGCCAAUUGCAAAACGAAGAAGGCCGUUGAUGGAAUAGCCAUCCGCCUUAAGCCGAACCUGUCCAUUGUUGUGGCAGUGGUCUUUGAGCUCCCUGGCAUUCAAUGCACCAGGUGGUCCUGGUUGGAUUUAUUGGUAAAGCUUCAGAUUUUGCGCCCUCUAGCCUACCUCACCACGCACCCUGUAUUGGUGCUCCCAAAAAUAAUAAUAAUGUACAUCAAGAAUAAUGCACAACAAAAACAAUAAUAAGUAAAUUUGGUGACUGUGACUGGCAGUCGCGACUUUUCAAAUGUUGUUGCCAGAUUUUUGGUUGUUUUAGUGAAAAGUUUUGUCCAAGUACCCCAAUUUAUAUUAAGUUUUUACUUGUAAUUUUUUAAAGUUUUGCCAUAAAACUUUUAGGUAUAUUAUUUUUGUACUUAUUGACUUUCUACAUGUACUUACAUUGUUUUUUUGAGUUCAAUAAUAUGUGAGAUUGUUUUUAUGUAUGUGUAUUAUCGUGUAACUAUGCGUGCAUAAUAUUAAGAAAUUGGCAUAUCAUGGAAAAAUACACUGCCCAGCAUGAAAUUAGGGUCACCCCAUAAUUUGCAAUUAUUUUUAAAAUUUUUGGUUGUUGCGAAUUGUUUUUUUUUUGGUGUAAAGUUCACUAACUUUAUGCGAUGAUUUUGUCGUAGUUGCUUGAAUUUAAAAAAGUUCUUGUUGUUUUGCCCCAAGUUUUGCUUGCAAAUUAUGGGAUGACCCUAAUUUUAUGCUCAGCAGUGUAAUUUAUGAUGUGUCAAUUUAUUAAUAAUUUUUGACAAACUUUUUUAGCUAUUCAAUUUGUAUGUAUUUUAAAUGUUUUAUUCUAAUGUUGUAACAUUAUAGUUUUAAUCUUAUAUUUAUGUAUGGUAAUGUUAUUAAAAACCUGCCUUAGUAAAAAUAUUGAAAAUCCUAUGUUCACUUGCCAUUUUUUUUACUUUACCAGGUACAGUAUUUUUUGAGUUAACCAUGUAAUUGAAAAUUGUAAUAAGGAUUUGUUGAUAUAGCGGCCAUUGUAUGAAAAAAAUGUGAUUAUUUAAAAAAAAGUUUAAGCUUUAUAUCUGUAUUAUUUUCAUAUUUCAAUGGGUAUUCCCAAAAAAAAUGUACCCAACUAAUUUUUGUAUUAAACAUUUUUAAUAAAUAUGUACUGUUAAUGAA